GUUGAUUGUGUAAUUCGUACAAAUAAUAGUAAAGAAUGUGUUUAUCGAUUAACACAAUUACGUAUACGAUAUUGUAAUUCGAUUAAUCAACAAAAAGAUCGAUACCUUACGCAUGUAUGCUAUUUUCGAUGGCCAGAUGGACGUUUACCUUUACCAUGGGGACAACAAAAUACCUUAGCUAAAGCUGCCAAUACAUUAUUACAAAUUUUGCUAAUGGUUGGUGACGAUACGACAUUAAUACAUUGUCAUGCUGGUCGUGGUCGUACAGGUGUCCUGAUUGCAUUAGAUUUUGCUAUACAUCAACUUAAAAAUUCACAAACUGUAAAUGUUGAGGCUUUAAUCGAAAAAAUUCGACAACAACGCCCAGGCGCUGUAAUGAAUCAUUGGCAGUAUGCUUAUAUUAAUAUAAUUAUUGCUGAACAG